GCGAGCGCCGCGUCACUCUUUUCGACGGGAAGAAGCCGCGCGCUGCAAGGGGUCGGGGGGAAGGGGGGCUUGCGGAGCAGAAGAGGCGAGGGGGGGACUCGAGUCUCGCACGCGGCGUGUGUACACAUAUAUGCCACAUACAUGAAACGUGUGGAUUUACCUGCGCAAAAAAUUUUAUUUUCAGUUUGUCGCUGUUGUCAGGUCAGAAUGGAGAACCCGUGGUCUAGCGAGAAGAUUCGGCAGGUGUUCAUAGACUUUUUUGUGAAGAAAUACGAGCACGUGUUCGUGCCCUCGUCUUCCGUAAUUCCCAACAAUGACCCGACGUUGUUGUUUACAAAUUCCGGGAUGAACCAAUUCAAGCAAAUUUUUUUGGGUCAGUUGGACUCGAGCAGCGAGCUGGCCGGUCUGCGUCGAGCGGCGAACAGCCAGGCGUGUAUUCGAGCGGGAGGGAAGCACAACGACCUCGACGACGUGGGAAAGGAUACGUAUCACCACACGUUCUUCGAGAUGCUUGGAAACUGGUCGUUUGGGGACUACUUCCAGGAGGAAUCGAUAGAGAUGGUGGUCAGGCUGAUGACCGAGGUGUACGGAAUUCCGAAGGAGAACUUGUACGCGACGUAUUUCGAGGGCGACGAGGGCGAGGGGCUGAAGCCGGACGAGUCCGCGAGGAGAAUUUGGGCGAAGUAUUUAGCGGAGGACCACAUUUUGAGGGGAGACAAAAGGGACAAUUUUUGGGAGAUGGGUCCUACGGGUCCGUGCGGUCCGUGUUCUGAAUUGCAUUACGACCGUUUGGGCGGCCGGAAUGCGGCGGACCGGGUGAACAAGGACGACCCCAUGGUGAUUGAGGUGUGGAAUAUUGUUUUCAUACAGUACAACCGUCGCGAGGACAGAGUGCUGGUGCCGUUACCGAGGCGCCACGUGGACACUGGAAUGGGGUUUGAGAGGUUGGUGUCGAUUUUGCAGAACAAGACGUCGAACUACGACACGGAUGUGUUUGAGGAUUUGUUCCGGAGCAUUCAGGAGUUGACGGGCGCGAGGCCGUAUGGUGGGAGGCUGGGAGCCGAGGACGAGGGUCGCGUGGACAUGGCCUACAGGAUAUUGGCCGACCAUGCGAGGACGUUGACGUUUGCCAUAAGUGACGGCUGUUUGCCCGGGCCGGUGGGUCGCGGGUACAUAUUGCGCCGCAUUUUGAGGCGGGCGGUGAGGUACGCGAGGGAGUGUCUCGGGGCGGAGCCGGGGACGUUCGCGCGGUUGGUGCCGUCGGUGGUGAGGAAGAUGGGCGGGUUUUUCCCGAAGCUGGUGCAGAUGCAGGAGAGGGUGAUGGAGGUGAUGGAGGUGGAGGAGAGGAAGUUCGCGAAGAGUUUGGAGAACGGCUUGGCUAAGUUCCGUGUUAUGACGAGCGGGUUGGCGCCGGGGUCGUUGCUGAGGGGCGACGACGUGUUUUCUCUGUACACGGCGUAUGGUUUCCCGGAGGAUUUGACGAGGAUUAUGGCGGAGGAGAGGGGGAUGAGGGUGGACGUGGAGGGCUUCGAGAGAAGGAUGCGCGAGGAGAGGGAGGAGGGCAGGCGCCAGCGAAAGAAGAAGUUGGCGACGGACGCGCUGACGCUGUCAGUUGAGGCCUGCGGAGAGUUGAAUCGGAGGGGAGUGGCGAAGACGGACGACGCAGCGAAGUAUAGUUUGGACGAGGUGAGGGGUCAGGUCGUGGCGAUAUGGGAUGGAGUGGUGUUGGCGGAGGAGUGGAGUGGUGAGGGUCGAGUGGGGAUCGUGUUGGACAGGACGAGCUUUUACGCGGAGAGCGGAGGUCAAAAGGGCGACGUGGGAUGCAUCGCGUCGCUGGAGAGCGACGCAAGGUUUUCGGUGGACGACGUGCAGGUGUACGGGGGUGGAGGGUGGGUCAGAGAGUGGAGUGCGAGGUGGAUAUAG